CGGCGGCUUCGCCUCCGUCGACGCAAAGAUGGCGGAAGCGAUUGAGGCCGUUUGAAUUCCAGCGAAGCCGCCAAAGCCGCGCACAAAGGAGCCCGGACCCGUGGCCACCGGCGGGACCCGCGGGCCGGCGCCCGCUAUGGACUCGCUGCCGGGGGAAGACCUGACGCUGCCGGUGGCGUUCGAGGGCAGCGUCUGCCCGCUGCCAGACGUCUCCCGCGGGGUCCUCCAGCCCAGCCCGCCCGGCGGCGAAGUGUUACCAGAUGUGGCAGAAGAUACAGUCUCACCAACUAGAGCUCGGACCAUGAAGGACUAUGAAAAUCAAAUCAGUGAUCUGAAAAAAGAGAACUUCAACCUGAAGCUUCGUAUAUACUUUCUGGAGGAGCGAAUGCAGCAGAAGUUUGAUGGUCCCACUGAAGAAAUAUACAAAAUCAACAUUGAGCUGAAAGUUGAGAUAGAAAGUCUGAAGCGUGAUCUGCAGGAGAGGGAGAAACUACUCAUCAAAGCCUCUAAAGCAGUUGAAAGCUUGGCCCAGGGCGGUGAUGCUGAAAUACAGCGUGUGAAAGAAGAGGCACAAAAGAAGAUGCAAGAAAUGGAAGAAACCCUGACUAGCAGAAUAAACUUUCUGGAAGAGAAUCUUAAAGCUGCCCAAGAAGAUGUGGAAAAAGCCAUUGUGAUCACGGAGAAGGAGAAAGCUCUGAGAAUAGCUGCUGAGCAGAAACUUUCUUCAAUUAUGAAUGCCCCUGCAGAGGAUGUGGAUAUGAUUACAGGAGCUGAGAAGGACAGACUUAUAGAGCAACUGAAUCUGUCAUUGAAAAGUAAAGAAGCUAUAAUUCAACACCUUGAAGAGGAAAAGUCUCAAAGUGGAUCUUAUGAUGGGAACUUAUCGGCAGAAAAAAUCAGAGAACUUACCAUUGCUUUGAGGCAUGAAAAAGAUAGUGAGAUAGAGGCUAUUAGAAUGGAGCUUAAAAAUGAAAGAAAUUCCUUUGAAAAAAAAAUUCAGUCACUUCAAGAAGAGCUACAAGAGAGAGAAAAUGAGCUUGCUGUAGAAAAGAAGAAUGGUUUGAAAAGGGAUAAAACCAUUCAAGGGCUAACUGUUGCAUUAAAAGCAAAGGAAAAAGAGAAUGAGGAGCUUGGUUCUGAAAUUGAAGAUCUAAAUGCUUCAUUGGCUAAGGCAAGAGAGGCAACUCACAAAGCACACAUCCAAAAAUUCAAGGGUGCUGAGGAUUAUCAAGCUCUCUUGAUGGAAAAAGAGACCCUCUUAGCAGAGCUGCGUUCGGAAAACCUUACAAAGGAUGCCGAGAAUCGUAAACUACAAAGGAGGAUUAAAAGGACCGAUCAAGAGCUAAAUGAUUUGAAUUUAGAAAGAGAGAAAAUGGAGAAGGAGCUGGAUGAAGCACAACUACAGAAGAGCAGAAGUGACAAAACCAUUAAUGACCUUAGAAAUCAACUAGAAAAAUUACAUGGUGAAAUGACUGAGAAAGAAAAAGCAGUUGAACAUCAUUACAAUAUUCUUUUGAGUGAAAGCAAUCAGAAGUUGCAGAGCCAAGAACUAGUUAUCAAACGGCUAACAGACAAUGUCAAUCAAAAGGAUCUACUGCUUCAGAAACUUGAUGGAGCAGUUAAAGAAAAGGAUGCAGAAUUGCAGGAGCUCCUGAAUAAGUACAAGAACCUUCUAAGAGCCAAUGAAGAACUUGAACUGAAAAAUGAGGGCUUAGUAAAGGAAAAAUGUGCUGCACAGUCUCAACAGUCAAUCAUCAAGAUAGUCAGAGAGUUAGAGGAAAAUAAAGAAGCUGAAUAUGAAAAGCUGAUCCUUGCUUUAAGAAAAGAACAAAAUAUUUAUUCUACACUAGUGAAGACCUUCAAAGAAUCGGAUAGUAUAAAUAGCUUGCAAACAGAACUAAACAACAUUUUCAUGCUGCGAAAACAACUAGAAGAAGACAUUUUAGCUAAUCGGAAUCUACAGAAGGUCUUAGAAGAUCAGAUUAAGGACAUUAAAAACCGACAAGAUGAAACACUGUCUUUCUGUGGAGAUCAGACAUCUUAUAUGAGUAUCUGUUUAGGAGAGCAAGAUCAUUUAAGCUUACAGAUAGACCAUCUGUCUCUUGAAGAACUUAAGAAAAAGGUUACUGACCUUCUCUUGAUGGUUAAGGAUCUGCAGUCAAUUAAUCAAGAACUUAAGAAAAAACAACUUGGACUUUGUACAACAGAUUCUCGAGGGAAGGAAGCACUAAACAUAUUAAACCAAAGUGAGUGUCUUGAAAUAACAGAGGAGCCUGUGAUGCAGACUGAAGAUGGUGACAAUGACAGGAAGAUGCAGAACAGUCAAUUUUCUGAGGGGGUCAGUCAGGUAUGCCUUCAAGUAUCUUUGGAUUUUCCUUGUGAGGUGGAGAAGCAGAUAACUCCAUCAGGCUAUUCAGAGAGUUUCUGCAAAGAUAGACAUUAUAGGAGUCCAAAUAAGCCUCAGUUUGAACGUGAUACAACUGGCAAACACUUUGGCAGAAUAGGAACGAGUGAACAUGAAACAGAAGAGAACUUGCUCACAUCUCUUUUAAGAGAAAAUAGAACAUCUGUACUGGAAUCUACCAGACAAGAACAAAUGAAAAUUGUAAAUGAACUGUUAGAUCAUCUGAACACAACUGAGGAAGAAUGUUCAAGGGAAGAUAUAGAGAAGAAGGAUGAAAAAGAUCUUAGGCAAAUGAUUAUUCAACUAAGAGCUGAACUCAAACAUUUCAAGCAGGUCAAUAAAUUCUUAAAGCAGCAAGUAGAAUUGAAAUCAUCUUUUGAUGGGAAAGAGAAGCUUUAUCCAGAUGCAAUGCCACAGAUUAAUAAGGAUAUUGAGUUGUUGAAAGUGGAAUUGAAAGAUGCAGCUACACAAACAAUGACUUUAGAGAGUAAUGUCAAGAGAUUCAAACAUGAAGGCAAAAAAGGAGCCUCAGAAGAAAAGCCAAAAUACUCAAGAUUAAAUGCAGAAAGAGAACAUCAGCAAGAAAAUGUGUAUAAGGGUGAACAGCAUGAAAGACUUUUUUUUACAAGGAGAACAAAUGAGACUGAUUCUGCUUACCUGCCCAAGAAGUCCCGCCUGCCCGUUCUCUUAAAAUCAUCCAGACCAUUAGGAAAGGUGCCUUUGAACUCUGGUAUGCAGAAGUCAGAUUCAAAACUACAGCAUCAUACCAGGGCACCUUAUGAAGGUCUGAAAGCGUGUGAAGUACAAAACAAACAAUUUCAGCCACAAACAAAUGGAGAGUUAUUAUUGAAUGAGUCUGUAACUGAAAACCUUCAAGAAGAGCCUGCACAGGAAAGCACAUCAGUGAGAGUUGACUCAUUGCUCAAACUGGAUAAUAGUGAUGUCCAGGUGGAGUUGCAAGGUGUUGAUCUGGCUACAGGGGGCAAGAAUGAAUAUGCGAUGGACAAAAAUCAGCAAAACUAUCCAGAAAUGCAAAAUCAUCAUAACAUUAGCAACGUGAAUAUCCAUCGUUCAUUAAAAGAGAUAAAUGAAGAGUUUUAUUCCAUGGAACAUGAGGACGUUGACUCAGCCGCUGCAUAUUCAGGUUCCAAGUGCCUGCGUGCUCUCAAAUUGAGUGUAACAAGUACAGAUGCAUUUGAUGACUGUGAAGUCAUAGAUGAUAUAGAAGAAUUGAAACAAAGAAUUAAGAACAUGAAGUCUGAGCUUGAAAAGUACAAAAUGUUCAUGUUUCAUUUACAGACCUCUGACCAGGUUUUAUCAAGUGGUAUUUCCAAUAUAGUUUUGAGUGACACAGCCUUGCCCAUGGAAGGACAUGUUACACAAGUGCAAGAUACAGCUAUGCAAGAAAUCAAAACAUUUUGUGGUGUCCAUCAGCUGAUGGAUUACGAGAUCCACACCAAAAAUAGGAAUUCAGAGUCUUCAAAAGCACCUGAUACAUGGAUAGCACAAAACCUUAAGGAACCACUAUCAGCAAAUGAGGCAGAACUUGAAAAAGAGCAAAUUGCAAAUAUGCAUCUUGAUGAAGUGUAUCAUCUUCAGAACAAACUGAGAGAAACAUCACCAUCCAAAUAUGAUUCAUUAGUUCAUUCACAAGCUCGAGAACUCUCCUUUCAAUGCCAACAAAUUAAAGAGAUCCGCAGUGGUUGCGUCACUUACCACCAACAUCUGACGAGCCUUAUUAAAGCUUUUGAGGAACUGCUUCAAGCCAGUGAUGUAGACUAUUAUGUUGCUGAAGGCUUCCGUGAGCAAUUGAAUCAAAGUGUACUAUUGUUUGAGAAGCUAGAAAGGAAAUUCCUGUAUGGAGAAUCAAUAGGUGCAGAAGUUACUAUACUUUAUGAAUUAGCUCCAAGGGAUAAUGACAAGAACACCACAAGGUACCAGCAACUGAAGGAUGAAUCACCUGUACCAUCUGCUCUUCAUAGCUUGUCUGACUUUGAUUUGUCAGAAAAGUCGUCUCUUGGAUCACCUGAGCACAGACAUGACCUAGAAGGACAGCAUGGCACACUGGCACUUCUGCCAAGCAAGUUUCCCCCAGAGUUAUUAAUGGAGCAUCUGCAAGAAAUUAGAAUCCUGAGACAACGUUUAGAAUACUCCAUAAAAACUAAUGAGAGACUGAGGAAGCAGCUUGAGAGACAAAUAACAGACAAGGAACUUGAUCAAGGUUCUGCAAACAUUUUUAUCCAUGGCUCAGAGCAGCAUAAUUCCCUGACUUCUGAAAUACAUUUCCUGAGGAAGCAAAAUCAAGUUCUGAAUGCAAUGCUAGCAAAAGGAUCCAGAGAUAAACAGAAGGAAAAUGAAAAGUUAAGAGAAUCUCUUUCUAAAAAGAAUGCAAUCAUUGAGCAUCUUCAUGAGGAUUAUGAAUGCAUCAAGAAAGAAAAUGAAAGGUUGCAAAAACAAAUUGGCCAAAAGGAAGAUGAAACCAGAUAUCUGACAUGUCAAAUUUACAGCAGUCGUAAUGAAUUAAACAGGUUGCAAACAGAAAUUAAUGUAAAGCAACGUCAGCUCUCUGAGAAUGAGAAGUUACUGCAGUCACUUAGAACGGAGAUCAAGGUUUAUGAAAAGUUGGAAGAAGCAAGAAGGAAGAGGACAGAUCCCAGAUGUGAUGCAUCAGAAGAAUUCCGAAAAGAUCAGAAUAAUCCACUUGACUUACAUGAACUAUUGACUGAAAUACAGAGUUUGCGAGUGCAGCUUGAAAGAACCAUAGAGACAAACAAGUCUUUGCAUGAAAAAUUAGAGGAACAGCUUUCAAAAGAAAAGAGAGAGGACGUGGGAUCAGUGUCAGCUGUAAAUAUCAACUAUCUUUUCAAACAAGAAUCUCAGCAUUACGCAGGAAUGAAUGAAGAUCUUUGCAAAUGCCCUGCUGCCAGCAGAAACACUUGUGAGCUGCAGAAGCAUGGACAUUGCAUUUCGCUAGCGAAAACAGGUACGCACUCUGCCUCUAAAGACAGUUUAGACAGUAAUUCGCACUGCAGUAGCACUUCGUCUUCCAGUAUGGCAUGUACCCCUCGUCUUGUGCCUGGACAUCGUAUGUGGGCAGACAAAAACGGGCGCCACGUUCUUGGCUUGAUUGAGGAUUAUAAUGCUCUACGGAAACAGAUUUCAGAAGGGCAACAGGUCUUAGCAGAAAUGGAGAUUUCUUUAAGAGAGGUCACUGGUACGAAACUGCAGGAGCCUGGAAUAAAGGUACCAGACCAGGCAUCACUGCAUAGCUUUUCCACAAAUAUUCACACAGUACAGCAGAUUUUAGAAGAGGCUGCACGUUUACUGAAGCUUCUCUGGAGAGUUUCCCUUCCACUGAAAGCUGUGCAUGGUACUACUCAUGGCACUCAGGAUGAAGGAAUGAAAGCAGAAAUACUUAGAUUACAUAAGAAACUGUCGGAGCAAGAGAAGAAGUUACAUAGCACAGUGAAACGCUUGCAUUCCACAAACCAGCUGAAGGAAAAUAUGGAGAAAGUCAUCAUUGACCAGUUGGUUUUAACUCAUGAUGUCUUGAAGAAGGCUAGAGGAAACCUGGAAGUCCCACCAGCUGAGAAUCAAAAAUCACCUUCCUACACCAGCAAAAAAAGGAUUCUCUGAAGGAGAAAGUUGUACUAGUAAAUACUGAUCUUGUGAUUGUUGUUUGCUUCUUUAUGCCUUACUAUUUAUUGAUGUAAAAAUGUUUGUUCAGUUCUUUUAAUGGAAUCAGCCUUUGACCAAAAAAAAAAAAAAAAGAGAAAAAAAGAAAUCUUUUGGUAAAUAACUUAUUUAACAUUUUCUGUAAUGUAAAAGAUGGUUUUUAAUAUUUAUUAUAGAAGCAAGGUACUAGAGGUAUUGAAGAAAAAUCCAGAUUUUUUUAAAGUUGGCUCACUUGAAAUUUUAUAUUUGUACUUAUGUUAUAAAUCUAUUUGUUGUUAUAGUUAAACAAGUCCUGAAAAAAUCAAGAAUGUGAUCCACCUUCCAAACUGUAUCUCUACAGCUAAGAGAAUGUAGGUUUGAAAAAAAAAAAAAAAAAAUCUGCCAGUUGGCAUUGUUUUGUAACAAUGUGUGUUCAAUAUUUUAAAGCAUUUUAAACAUAUCUGGAAGCUGCCUGAUGCUGAGCUUUCUUAUUGCCCUAUUAGAAACUUAGAUUGAUGCUAGGUCUGAAAAUGUUACUUAGAAUCAGACAAUUAAAAUGAAAAAUAAUCACAAA